AGAGGGAGCAGUGAACAAACGAGAACGAAAGGGUUUAAGAGAGAGCGAGGUAGGGUUUUGUUGGUUUUCCUCUGAAAAUGGCGUCUCUCUUGUCCAUUCGACGUGCACGAACCCCACUAUUCUCUUUUUUAUCCAAGGUACCGUCUCCUUACUCUUCUCACUUCAUCUUCACCCUCACCAAAACCCUAAGCACCUCUGCUGUCCCAAAUGACUACCAGAGACCCCAACAGCAACCACCCUCUGAGCCUAGGGAUUUUCAAGACCAGAGAAACCCUAGCUACAACUGGAACUCACAGACCCAGAGUCAGAGCUACCCUCAACAUAUGAAUUAUGGGGAUCAGAAUCAAAGUUAUCCCAAUCGGGGAUACCCUAAUCAGGGUCAGGGUUAUCCUCAACAUGAGAACCCUAAUCAGUGGAAUCGCCAGACUCCAACGUACCCUCAACCUCAAAACCCUAGUCGCCCGAACCAUCAAAAUCAGUAUUAUCCGCCAACUGGAAACCCUAGUCUGGGUCAGGGCUAUCCUCAGCAGAGAAGCCCUAAUCAGUGGAAUCCUCAACAUCAAAACCCUAGUCAUUUGAACAAUCAGAAUCAGAAUUACCCGCAACCCGGAAGCCGGAAUCUUCCGAGCAAUCAAAAUCAGAGUUACCCACAUCAGGGAAGCCCCAGCCAAUGGAACAAUCAGAACCCGAAUCAAGCACAGAUUGUGGAGAAUCAAGUUUCACAUGCGCCUCCUUCAGUCGCUGAUUUGAUGAAUUUAUGUCAAGAGGGGAAGGUUAAAGAAGCUGUUGAAUUGAUGGAAAAAGGGGUCCGUGCUGAUGCUCAGUGUUUCUACGCACUCUUUAAUUCGUGUGGGAGUCCGAAGUUGCUUGAAGAGGCUAAAAAGGUUCAUGAUUUCUUUUUACAAUCAACUUUUAGGAGUGAUCUUCAAUUGAAUAAUAAAGUGCUCGAGAUGUAUGGGAACUGUGGGAGUAUGACUGAUGCACGUAGAGUGUUCGACCAUAUGGCCAAUAGGGAUAUGGAUUCUUGGCAUUUGAUGAUAAAUGGGUAUGCCAAUAAUGCUAUGGGAGAUGAUGGGUUACAGUUAUAUGAACAGAUGCGGAAGUUAGGGUUAGAGCCCAAUGAGCAAACUUUCCUUGCUGUUUUAUCCACAUGUGCCAGUGCGGAGGCCGUAGAAGAAGGAUUUAUACAUUUUGAAUCGAUGAAGACUGAGUAUGGAAUCACUCCAACAUUUGAGCAUUAUGUGGGGAUUAUAGAUGUUCUUGGAAAAUCGGGGCAUGUCAUUGAGGCUAAGGAGUUUAUAGAGCAAAUGCCUGUGGAGCCUUCUGCAGUUGUUUGGGAGGCAUUGAUGAAUUAUGCUAAAAUUCAUGGAGAUAUUGAUCUUGAAGACCAUGCUGAGGAGUUAAUGGUUGCUCUUGACCCAUUGAAGGCUGUUGCCAAUAAGACCCCGACACCACCACCCAAGAAGCGCACUGCAAUCAACAUGCUUGAUGGGAAAAACAGAUUAAGUGAGUUUCGGAAUCCAACCCUUUACAAGGAUGAUGAAAAGUUGAAGAGCUUGAAUGGGAUGAAAGAAGCAGGCUAUGUGCCUGACACAAGAUAUGUUCUUCAUGAUAUUGAUCAGGAGGCCAAAGAGCAGGCCUUGCUUUAUCACAGUGAGCGCUUAGCAAUUGCAUAUGGUUUGAUUAGUACUCCAGCAAGGACACCUCUUAGGAUCAUUAAGAACCUUCGUGUCUGCGGUGACUGUCACAAUGCAAUUAAGAUCAUGUCCAAGAUUGUUGGAAGGGAGUUGAUUGUUAGGGACAAUAAACGGUUUCAUCAUUUUAAGGAUGGGAAAUGCUCUUGUGGAGAUUACUGGUAAAAUUGUCAUUGCUUCAUACUUCUGUUAUGACUACCAAAUGACAUUUUCUGUGGAUCUGCAGUAUAGUUUGUGGAACAUCAACUGCUAAGCCAUGUCAAACCAUCAUUUACAAUUGAUGGGAAAUGAACCACACAACUUCCACAUAAUGGCCUUGUUUGAACAAGAUGUUCACAUCAAUUUCUACCAUGUUCUGAAGUUGAAUCAAUUAUUUACUUUCUGAGAUGCUCGACUGUGGUUGACAUUUUUUUCCUCCUUGUAUCGUCUUUCCUAAGUUUGGAAAUAUCUUUUUUUUUUUUUUUAAUUGGUCAUAAUUUAGAUUCUAUCUAAUCAACUUUCUCCAAGGGAGACAACUCUUGCUUUAUUGAUGUCAAUAAGCUUUUAUAGAUUGCAUUCAUUAUCACA